AUGCACGCAUCAACGUCAACUAUCUUUAACGUAUUUGUAUACAUGGGGCUGGGCGCCGCCCAGAUCAUCCCUCAUCAGCCUCGGAGUGAAACGAUGGAGCCCCCGGCGGCGAUGAACGCCCCGCAACCUGCUGCUCCAGUCAUGGCCGACCCGGCCGCCGCGGCCGCAGCGGAGGCGUCAGGUGCGCCGGCCCCAGGAGGCGGGGCUGCCCCAGGAGCCGGUGCGGCCCCAGGAGCCGCCGGCGGCACGAUGAACGCCCUCUGCGCGCAGGGCACGAUCCUGGCGCAGGGCAUCGCGCUCAAUAUCGCCGACCAGCAGCAGGAGCUCGCCACGGCCAACUCGCUGGCCACGAUCUUGGCGGCCAACCCGGUUGACACGGCGGCGUACGGGGCUGCGAGGACGGACCUGCUCAAGUUCAUCAACAACGGCAUCGCCAUCCGCGAGAUGAACCAGCUCAUCACGCCGCAGGAGAGCCAGGCCACACCUGGCAUCGCCACCGUCGCCAACGCGCAGCUCACGGAGCUGGGUCUGGCUAACAACCUCUCGGUCCAGGGCGGCGACAACGUCGCGGGCAAUAUGCAGAUCGUACAGACGCUGCAGAUGGAUUUCAUGGGCGGCAUCAUGCAGAAUAUGAAGAACAUGGCUGCUGCCAUGUCCGCUUGCGGCGGCAUGCAGGCGCCAGGCGCCGCGCCGGCUGCUAUGCCAGCACCGCCUCAGGCAGCGGAGCCUGCUCCGGCUGCUCCAGCUGCUCCAGUCCCGGCAGCCGGAGGAGAGACGGCAGCCUCGCAGCAAAACGCAACGUCCUCUUCUUCUUCAUCUUCGGGCACGAAAGGCUCUGGGGCUGAGGGUUCCGGGGCUGAGGGUGCUGGGGCUGCCAAAGCCGCCGAGUUAGUUGCUGCCAAGGUUGGGAGGUCUGCCAAGUUUUUCACCGUGUAA